AUUCAGAACAAAAUGGAGGAGCUGGAGAAAGAAAUAUCAGAUUUAAAGCAUCAGCUGGCAGAAAAAAACAGUCGAAUAGAAGUUCUAGAAAAUAGAUUACUGGCAUAUGAGCGGGUUGAGUGUAUUAAGGUUCAGGAUUGUUCUGGAACCAACUUGCCGGAGAUGGACAAGGAACCUGAGCUAAAUAAUAAGGAUAUUGCAAAGUUCUCCAGGCAAAUCAUCCUUCCCGAGUUCAGGGUCAAAUCACAGAGAAAAUUGAAGGGAAGUUCUGUUUUGAUAGUUGGGUGCGGGGGACUAGGGUGUCCUGCUGGUGUAUAUCUAGCUGGAGCAGGGGUUGGACGGAUAGGAUUGGUUGAUCAUGAUACUGUCGAAAUUUCAAACUUGCAUAGGCAGAUUUUGCAUACCGAGACUAGGGUAGGGGAGCUCAAGUGUGUCAGCGUUGCUAAAUCUUUAGCAGCCUUAAACCCAGAUACAGAGUAUGUUCCAAUUCACGCUGCUCUUACAAGUAUCAACGCUCUGGAGAUUAUUAAACAGUUUGAUAUCGUUCUGGACUGCACAGACAAUGUUCCCACUAGGUAUUUGCUGAAUGAUGCUUGUGUGAUGUUAAAUAAAUGCCUUGUAUCUGGGAGCGCACUGCGCUGGGAGGGUCAGCUCACUGUGUACAAUCUAACUGGUGGCCCCACCUAUAGAUGCAUGUACCCUACUCCGCCGCCGGCGGAGGCGGUUACUAACUGCAGCGAUGGCGGGGUUAUCGGCGCUGUUCCUGGGCUCAUUGGGGUUUUACAGGCAUUGGAAACCAUCAAGAUUUUAACUCAAGGAGUUUCUUCACUAAGUGGGAAACUUCUCCUGGUAGAUGCUCUGGAGGGAACCUUUAGGACGGUCAAACUACGGAACAGGACGGAAAAGGGAGGAGAUAUCACUAAACUUGUAGAUUACGAACUGUUCUGCGGAUCUAAGGCAACAGAUAAGGAUUCCGGACUUAAACUGCUGGAUGAUGGGAUGAGAAUAUCUGUGAAAGAGCUGAGCAGGAUGAGAGAAGAGGGUUCAGAUCAUAUCCUGGUUGAUGUUAGAUCAGAUACAGAGUUUGAAAUGGGAAAUAUCCCUGGCAGUAUUAAUAUUCCGAUACAUGAGUUUCAAACAGAGGCAUCACUAAGCCGACACUUUCCGAGUUUUGGUUCAAAUAAGAUAAUUUGUAUUUGCCGCCGAGGGAAUGAUAGUCAGAUAGCUUGCGCUGCUCUUAAUCAAUACUGGAAAUGGGAGGAGGGAGAGAAGGAGAUUAAAGAUGUAAUUGGAGGGUUGCAUGCCUGGGCCCGCUCCGUAGACUCUACCUUUCCCGUCUACUAAGAGUUGUUUUUAGUAAUUUGAUUCUAGUCGUUACAGAUACAAGAUACAGAUUCAGAUACAGAAUACAUGAUACAGAAUACUUGAUACGGAAUACAUGAUACGGAAUAUUUUAAACAGAAUAUUUGAUACACAAUACUUGAUAUAGAAUACUUAUACAUAAUAAAUGAUACAGAAUACUUGAUACAUAAUACAUGAUACUAAUACAUGAUACAGAAUACUUGAUACAUGAUACAUGAUACAUGGUCCUUAUCUGCUCAUGUGUAGCGGCACAGCGUAGGGAUUUCGGGAUUGCAGAUUUUCACUCAAGCUAUGUCGUUCAUGGUAAGAAACCUCUAUGGCAGAUUCUCAGGGCUUAUCUUGGGGGGGAUGGGUCAGACCAAGUAGUCUUACUUGAAAGAGGAAGGAAAAUGGCAGUGUUAUUGGAGUCAUGGCUGGUUAAAAGUCAUGAAGGUCAACUGUAGGGCGCGAGCUUUCAAGGUGGGUUUUUUUUGUCAAACAAUCUUAUAUCUUAUGUUUAAACCAUUAUCUAAUAAUAAUCUAAUAAGCUUUGUAUUAACUUCAUACUGGGGUAGUACCGAGAUGGACUACUCUGGGGGACUGUUAGUGUGCAGUUGGGCGGUGACUUUAGUCAUUGGUCUGUACUUCGACAGUUGGCCACACUAGACAGUGUGUCACCAAUUGGUACAUUAAUAGCCAAUGUGGCUAUUUUUGAUGAGGUCUCAGCCCUGACUUCUACGGAAUGAUGGUUGAUUGUUUGUUUGUUUGUUUGUUUGAUACAUGAUGCAUGAUACAUGAUACAUGAUACAUGAUACAUCAUACAUGAUACUGUAAAGUCAGGACCAAUCUAACUCUACUAGUAUUGAUAUCCCCGAUUCUUAAAAGAAUAAAAUAUCAAGGAAUAUAAUAAACUUUUCGAGGUUUUAUUUCUACCUUGGAUCCGGAGCUCUAGCUCGUAUUGCUUUUAGGUUUUAAAUCAUCUUCAUCACCUACAGAGUCUGAAUCUUCAGAGCUAUCAUCAAGAUUCUUCUUCUUUUUAUUCAAUUUAUCAGAAGUAUCUUCGUCUUUAGCAGAAGUUUCCUCAGUAGUUUUCUCAUCUCCGGUAGCUAGCAGAGAACCAGACCUACUGUCAAAAAACAAUAAUUUUCCACAGAGAAGUAAAAAUAAACAUUUCUGACCUUGCUGCCAGUUAUGUAGAUGCAUUAACUUUCACAAAAAAUAAGGUUUGAGAGUUUUUUAAGCAUUUAUCCCACAAGGCUUUCUUUAAAAUUAGAAUUUGCAUGUUUAAACUAUCCACAGAAAAAUGAACAAAAUGAAUUAUUUUCCCGAUUGAAAAAUAUGUUUAGAUUAUUGUUUACAUUGGAAAAUAAGUUACAACGACAACCUUCUUCUGCCCGACAGCGACAAGCUGAGCUUUCACGCAGAA